AACUAGUGGUACGGGUGUAAUAAAAAUCCGUAUAUAAUUUUUCAGGAUGAUUUCGGCUGCCUUGGGAAUUCUUUUUGCGCGGUUUCUAUUUGGUUUCUACAACCCAUGCAAAGACAUGUUUUCGUGCAUCGGGGGACGGAAACAGGACAUCAAAGAUUUGUCGGGAAAUCUUCGAGAUCUCCUGACACAUAUUACGACCAUCCAAUCAAGGAUGAAGAAUCUCAUUGAUCCUGCUCUGGAUAGUUCUGUCUCCAAAGAGAAGACGGACGAAUACAAAUUACUCGAGACGAAUAUCGAAUUAUUCAAGCAAGAUUUCACCACCAUCACUCAAAAGUGCCGUAAACUCAAUGUAAACAUUCCAAGUAGUGCUGGUGGUGCUUCUGACCUGGACGACAUCGAAACUGUAAAAAAGUUACUGAAAGAACUCCAAGAGAUGAAGCCAAAGAUCCGCACGCGCAAGUUUUCGGAUGUUGCUAAACUCAGCAGAGAUGUCGUCAAGCUGAAAGAUCGAGUGUCGAAGAUAGUCGAAGGUAUCAACAAAGACAAUAUGAUAAUGGAGAUGAGAAGAGAAGAGAUUCAGCUGGAUGGUGCCAAUAUUCAUAUCCCAAUCCAGAGUGAAUAUGUUAAGAGGAUCGAGAACUAUCUCCAUGAUCCGACGUCGAAGUUCAUUGGCCUCGUGGGCUCGGUUGGGGUAGGGAAAUCAAUUGUGUUGGGCAAGUUGAAAAACCAACUACUAGAUGGUACGAUAUUGUUCGACGGGGAGCAGAUAGAACAUGUCGUCCAUAUAGUUCUUCCGAAGGAAAUUAACGACAAUGCGUCGAUUAUUGAAAAGAUACAGGAUGGGGUUAUGGAGCAGUUGGAUCCCGGGCGAGAAAAAUCGAGCAACACGAGUCGGAGAUCUAGAGUUGGUGAACUGCUGCGUAACAAGAGAUAUGUGGUGCUCAUUGAUCAAGUUUUCGUAGCCGUUGAUCUAAGGGAAGUGGGAUUGCCGGAAGAAAACAAGUACGGGAAAGUUGUGUUUGCGUCUCGUAACAAAAAGGUUACCAACCAGAUGUCCGACAGACAAGUCGAGAUCGGCACACUCUUGGCGGAUCAAGCGUUGGAGUUUUUCCGGAAUGUGUACGGCGAGAUCGAGCACAAACGCAAACAUAUUGCUAACUCGAUAAUCAAGUCUUGUGGAGGGCUACCGUUGGUGAUCAAAUUAGUAGCCGAACAUUUGAAAGAGCCGGGGAGCUCGUGGGAAGAUACGAAUCGGGUUUUACAGGAAGAUACGAAAAAUCUUGACUUGCUCGGCCUGCAGGGAGUUGGUAGAGUUUACAUGCUGGAGUACAAUAAACUGCUCGACAAGGAAGAGGACAACAGAAAAAAAUGCGUACUCUACGGCGCGUUGUUUCCGAGUGACAACUCGAUCCACAAGGACUAUUUGAUCGAGUGUUGGAUAGCCGAAGGCUUCAUUAAAAUCGAAAACACCAAAAAGCAGUUGGACGCGCGGGAACGUGGAGCGGCGGUUUUGAACUAUCUUACGAACAAAUACUUGCUGCAGUGGUGUUCCGACAAGCAUGUGAAGAUGCCGUUAUACGGUCGACAGGUGGCGCUGAAACAAGGCUACCCGGGCGAGAAGAGCGGUCUGGUUUUGGCGCCACCACACAGUAGCGAUGGUCUAACCGAAGAAAUGUGGAAGAAUGCAACUAGGAUUUCGGCUAUUUCUUCUGAUUUAAAGCUACCUACAAAACCGAGAAGCAACAAAAUGUGUACCUUAUUACUGCAGAGGAAGCCCGAUUUGGUAACAAUCGGAGAUUCAUUCUUCACGCAUAUGGGAGCGCUUCGAGUUUUAGACUUUUACGAAACGAGGAUCGAAAGACUGCCUAAAUCCAUCGGUGCGUUGAGAAAUCUAGUGAGUUUGUAUCUCAAUGGUUGUUAUAAAUUGAAGAAGCUACCCGAAGAAAUAAAGGGUCUCGUGAAGCUUGAGUUGCUCGAUAUUCGGGGAACUUCGAUUCCGAGACUACCCAAGGAAAUAGGCAACAUGCCUUCCUUGAAAUGUUUGAGAGUUUCGUUUGACCAAAUAAAGUGUGACUGCAAUAGUGAAAGAUCCGACACGGAUGCGAUGAUUCCAAUUGAAAUAAUCGACGGUCUUAAACAGCUCGAAGAAUUCACCAUCGAGACGGGCUGCUGCGAUAAAGGCUGGAUUGAUACCGCUAGUCGGGUUUGUGGUGGCGAACUCGCCAACUUGGAACAACUGACAACACUCGGUUUCCACUUUGCAACUGUAUCCAGCUUCAAUAAAACUUUUACCACAAGGGAAUCGAGGGAAAACGCAACUCUGAGGUGCUUCAGAAAGUCAAAACAGGAAUCCAGGGAAGAUGAGAGCGUGCAUCGUAAGAUCAACGAGUUUCGGUCCUUCAAAAUCUCGAUUGGUUUUAGCAAUCCGGAACAUCCACAUGGUUCGGAUAUCUCGGGAACCGAAAAGCAACUGAGGUUUCACCGCGAAGAAAGUUCUUGUUCGGAUAACGAUUUGACAUUAGUAAAACAAGUUCUGAAGCAAGCCGAAGCUUUCGAACUAGUUGGUCGGGCCGGUGUUCAAAGUUUGAAAUAUUUUGGCUUUGAAAAUACAGAAUUUUUGGAAGUUUUGAUCGUCGAAUGCUGCAACGAUUUAGAAAGAAUUGGAGAAGAGAAUAGUGCGACGACCACCGUAUUCCAAAGCUUGAAGAAAUUGCAUUUAUAUAAUCUCGACUCACUGAAAUGUAUUUGGGAAGGACCGAUCUCCCCAGAAAGCUUUCCGAAUUUGGAAACUCUAACAAUUUGUGGAUGCCCCGAGUUGACAAAGAUUACGAAUCAUGACUUGGCAAAAGCUCUUUCGAGCUUAAAGCACGUUAAAGUCGAGAAUUGUGCCAAACUUGUGGAGAUUUUCUCCGAAGAGCCGGAGCAAGUUGAAUGUAGGGAGAUUGUCUCCGAAGGGCAAGUCGAUGCGCUACACAAGUUGGAGACUAUUGAACUGGUAAACUUGCCAGAGCUGCAGAGCAUAUACGCUACAAAUUCGAUAAUAAACUUGAUUUCACUGAGGAAAGUUACUAUAAGAAGUUGCAACAAAUUGAGAAAGCUGUCCUCGAUUCUCACUAGUGCGGAGGAAAAGAUAGAAGCGAUAGAGUGCGAAGCUGGUUGGUGGGAUGCACUUGAAUUGUCAGAGGAAGAGAAGCAACAUUUUCGCCCUCGUUGUGAAUUUAUAGCCAUGGAGGGAAAACCGUCGUCUAUUGAGGCGGCUAGUCCCGAAGGGGAGAUGCCUUGCCCCGGAAGAUCAGGUAAUCGUGAGGGAUCGGACGUUAUUAAUGGUGGCAAUACGCCAAAAGAUGAUGUAAUGCCAAGCAAUGGUGUUUCAACUCAGCUGUCAACAUCAAACACCAACGAUCCAGCCAAAACUGAAAUGCAACUUCCUCUUUCAGAAGAGAGAUUGCCCAAAGUGGAUCUUUCGAUAUCCACUCAAUCGAAUAAGUUCUGCCACCAGUUACCUAGAGGAGGGAGGGAAAAAGUUUCUGCUCGAUAA